AUGUACUUGAGAUCAAUGGGUUUAUUAUGCAUACCAUUAUCAUCAAUGGUAUGGCUGAUGGCAUACAAUAGGCGACUGUUUAGUUGGCAAUCGUUUCGGACAACAACAACAACAACAACCAGUAGUGGCCGGACAUUGACUACAAAAGCAAACAACAAUCGGUAUCCGUGUCUUAGAUCGGCGGCGCUUAUGGCUGUCAACAAUGGAAACACCGCCGAUAAUGGCUUCGAUAUGAUUGACAUGAAAACCAAAUGCAUCCGAUCGAUAGGUCAUGUUUUACGACCUAAAAUUGACGAUAGUUUAUAUAGAAUUAUAGGCGAAGGAACGGGUGUUUUUGUUGUCGACGACAACGACCACAACUGCAGUCGUCUACUGUUAACCUGUUAUCAUGUGGUCAAACAUAAUCCGAUAGUUUGGAUACAAUAUGUCAGGAGCUAUGAUAAUCAUAGAUUAGCCAUAUGUCCGAUGAAUUUGGCCGACGUUGUGUAUGUAGAGCCGCACUGGGAUUUGGCUGUAGUACGGCUCCGGGAUCCGUCACCAUUACCAGUCUAUAAUACGUCGACACCAAUGCCGAUAACUACUAGUCCAGUUAGUAUCGAUUUUGGCCAACCGGUAGCUAUAAUCGGUCAUGGUAGUUCUAUAUACUUUCAACUACACCCGGGUAUGAUUAGGACACCAUUGGUCGACAACAAUAUGCUUCCGUAUAACUAUUAUGUUAGUACAGUAGCUGUUGGCGAACAAUUACCGAUCAUAACUAGCAAUACUAUGAAUAUACCGGGUUUUUCGGGAAGUCCACUCAUCGAUACCAGUGGCCAAUUGUGUGGUCUUGUUUGGGGCGGUAUUAUUAAACUAUUUCUGAUAACAUUUGCUAUCGACUAUAAAACAUUGUCAGCGUUUAUCGAAAGGGCUAUAGUUUAUGAAAGAGAGGGUAGAAGACAAACCCGUCUAAGGGAACGAUAUGAAUGGUAUAAUCAGUCCAAUAGACGACUAAUGGGUAUAAUAGUUACUACACAACCGAUUUCCGGUAGUUUUACUGUACAGUCGGCACUUCCCAUAGCCUCAACUGAUGCAAUUGGUAUUAUCGGUAGACAUAUUUGUAAAGUUAACGGUCAGGUAUGCAACACUAUCAAUGAUAUCCGAUUGGCUAUCAAUAAUAGAUCGCAAAUCAAAGUGACCACUUGGUCUACCAUUGAUGAUGACAGUAGUAGUAGUGAUAGUAAGGACAGUAUGAAAACCAUUAAUACUAUACUAUCUAUCGAUGAACACGACAUUAGUAUUAUGCCAUUAGUUUUUUGA